CCUUUUGGAUAAGCGCAAUAGCCAAAUCGGAUAAAACAUAUAUACGUACGUACACGGUGGAUAGCGUAACUACAAAUAGCAGCGCACGCCUAUCCUUGACGGACUCGCUCUUCAUUGCACCUCUCCACACGCACGCCACGCACUCCGUCGAUCUCCUCCUCGUCGCCGUCGAGCAGCUGAUCGAUCGCCAUGGGGUGCGGGUUUUCGUCGGCGGGGAGGCUGCGGCCGUUCGACGGGGUGAGGGUGAUCCACAUCAACGGCUACGUGGAGGACUUCGACGUGCCGGUCACGGUGGGGCAGGUCACCGGGAAGGAGGAGGACGACGAGGAGGAGGUGCAGCGGCGGCGGGAGAGGAGGUACGUGCUGUGCUCGUCGGCGCACCUGCUGCAGCCGGGGCGGGGGCCGUUCAGGCCGGACGACCCGCUGGAGCCCGGCACGGUGUACUUCCUCCUGCCGCAGUCCAUCUUCCAGUCCGAGUCCUCCGCCGUCGACCUCGCCUGCCUCAUGAACCGCCUCACCUCGCUCGCCCGCAAGGGCGGCUCCGGCGCCCCCGGCCCCAGCCCCGUCGAGGCGCUCUUCGCCGGCCUCCACCACGACGCCACGCCGCCGCCCUCCUCCUCCUGCACCUCCAGGCCUCAGCACGAUCGGCCGGCGGCGACGUCGCAGCAGCCGGAGCGCUGCUACGGCGCCGCGGCGGCGAGGCCGGCGCCGUGGAAGCCGCGGCUCGACCGCAUCGACGAGUCCAUCGGCCGCGCCUCCAUGCGGAGCUCGUCGAGCCGCAGCACCGAGGCCUGAACAAUUCUCUCUCUUUCUCUCUUUUCUCUAUAAUCUUUAGUGUUUUGUUUUUCUUGUAUUUUCUUAGUAGUGUAAUAGAUACUUUCUGGGAUUUUUUGGCAAAAUUUGUUUCCUGUUGAGUUCAUCGAAAACGGUGUAUAUAAUUUGUAAUGGUGGUUUAGAUUGGAUUCAAGAU